AUGUCACCUAGUCAACAAAAUAGAGCGGAUGAAAGCACCCCUCUCAUUCCUGCCGCUGAAGACGAUAACAACUCCACAGCCCCUAACAAAAAUGACACGAAUAUCGACAAACCCUUGCCAGUUGGUCAAAUUAUGCUGCUCUGUUUUGCUCGAAUAGUCGAACCUAUCGCGUUCUUCUCCAUUUUCCCUUUCAUCAAUCAUAUGAUUGAGGAAUGUGGUGAUGUGGCCGAGACAGAUGUUGGGUUUUACAGUGGACUCAUUGAAUCGAUAUUUUCUUUGACUCAGAUGAUGCUCAUGAUUCCCUGGGGUCGCGCCUCGGAUCGCUUUGGCAGAAAACCCAUUCUGGUUAUUUCUCUAGCUGGCAUGUCGGUUUCAUGUGCACUUUUUGGUACAAGUCAAAAAAUCUGGCAUAUGAUAUUAUUUCGUUCUAUGGCAGGGAUGUUUUCUGGAACCAUAGUGACUGUCCGAGCAUCAAUUUCCGAAAACAGUACUCCAAAAACGCAGGCAAGGGCUUUCAGCUAUUUUGCCUUCUCAAACAAUAUCGGCAUUUGCUUGGCGCCUCUCAUGGGUGGUGCUCUUUCUCGCCCAGUGAGUCAGUAUCCGUCCGUAUUUGGCAAUAUCCAGUUCUUUAAAAAUUAUCCCUAUGCUCUCCCGACUUUCGUUACAGGAAGCGUCGGGGCAGUUGCUUGUAUUGUUUCCGCAUUUUUUAUCAAAGAGACCCUAAGAACGAAAGUCGAAGGCUCGAAUGAACCUUCGAAGCCAAUGAAUACAUCAGAACUACUCAAAGCCCCCGGGGUCUCAUCGGUUCUUUUCCUGUACACCUAUACGAUGCUCCUGGCCCUUGGGUACACAGCUGUAAUGCCUAUCUUUUACUUUACUAGCAUCGGUCUCGGUGGCUACGGUUUUAGUGAAUUCCAGAUUUCGAUUUUCAUCGGCAUUGGUGGCUUCGCUCAAUCUAUUUGGCUUCUUUUUGUCUUUCCUUCUUUGCAACGACGCAUCGGUACCGGUGGUAUUCUACGUGUUUGCUCGUCGGUUUGGCCAUUUUGGUUUUUCUUCACAGCAGGGGCAAACACUUUGCUUCGACUGGGGUGGAGCAAUGUAUUCUGGGUAUAUGCACCAACGGUUUUGGUGGCGGGCAGUGGUGUUGCUAUGGCGUUCACCGCCUGUCAACUUGCAAUCAAUGACAUUUCUCCUUCCCCGGAAACACUGGGUACGCUGAAUGCUCUCAGCCUGACAUUUCAGAGUGCCAUUCGCACCGCCGCCCCGGCAUUGUUUGCCAGUUUGUUUGCGACAGGUGUAAAACACCAGAUCUUUGCCGGAUACCUAGCCUGGGUAAUCCUGGUUGUGCUGGCAGCUGGCUUGCGAAUUGGUAUGCGUUGGUUACCUGCGAAAGCAGAGGGGAAACUUGAACUCGAAAACGAGGACGAGGAAACCGGAGCGUGA